GUGCUUGGCCGUGCUACGGAACAGAAAUCCGCGCUAAAACCCCCGCGCGGAACACAAUGAGUGUGGACACGUUCGACGUAAACUCCGCUUCGCAAUCGUUGACCUUCGUCGAUUCGGAGGAUAACUUUUUCCUUGGCGCCGAAUCGCAGCCGUCUGAGUUUGACUUUCGCGACUUCUCGAUCCCGUCGCAAAGUCAAACGCAGGGAUCGCAGCUCGAUCUUCUGAGCUCCGGCAGUCAGUUGGCCGGCAUCACAUCGGCGAUCGGGGAGCUGCAGUUCGAGGAAGAGGAAGACGAGCUGGAACCGCUCGAGGACCACAAACAGCUGCCGCCGCAUGCCUGCCGUUACUGUGGCAUCCACGAGCCGAGCACCGUGGUGAUGUGCAACAUUUGCAAAAAGUGGUUCUGCAAUGGCCGCGGAAGCACUUCCGGUUCGCACAUCGUCAAUCAUCUGGUGCGUGCGAAGCACCGCGAGGUUACGCUGCACGCCGAUGGCCCGCUGGGGGAAACGGUGCUCGAGUGUUACUCGUGCGCCACCAAGAACGUGUUUUUGCUCGGGUUCAUUCCGGCCAGAAGCGACUCGGUGGUGGUGUUGCUGUGCAGACAACCGUGUGCGGCGCAAAACUCGAUCAAGGACAUGGACUGGGACCAGGAACAGUGGAAGCCGCUGAUCGCGGAUCGUAGCUUUCUGUUCUGGCUGGUGAAGGUUCCGUCCGAUCAGGAUCAGCUGCGCGCUCGGAAGGUAUCGGCCGUGCAGAUCAACAAGCUGGAGGAGCUGUGGAAGGAGAACGUUGACGCUACUUUCCAGGAUCUGGAGAAACCCGGCAUCGACAAGGAACCGCAGCAGGUUCAGCUUCGGUACGUGGACGGUUACCAGUACCAGAACACGUUCGGUCCGCUCGUGAAGCUCGAAGCGGACUACGACGAGAAGCUGAAGGAAAGCCAAACGCAGGAGAACAUCGAGAUCCGGUGGGACACGGGGCUGAACAAGAAGACGAUCGCGUACUUUACGCUGGCCAAGAACGACGGGGACAUGAAGCUGAUGCACGGGGACGAACUGAAGCUUCGGUACGUCGGGGAGCUGCACAAGCCGUGGAGCUGCAUCGGGCACGUCAUCAAGGUGCCGGACAACUACGGCGACGACGUGGGGCUGGAACUGAAGCACAACCACCAGGCGCCGGUCGAGUGUACGAUGAACUUCGCGGUGGACUUUAUCUGGAAAGGCACGUCCUUCGAGCGGAUGCAGCAAGCGCUGCGCAAGUUUGCGAUGGACGCCAAGAGCGUCUCGAACUACAUCUACUCGCGGCUCCUGGGGAACGUGCGGGCCGAUGGCAACGACGAGGUGCUGUUCCGGAUGAACCUUCCGAAGCACUUCAGUGCACCGAACCUGCCGGAUCUGAACCGAUCGCAGGUUUACGCCGUGCGCCAUGCACUGCAGCGACCCCUAAGCCUGAUCCAGGGCCCACCGGGAACGGGCAAAACGGUCACCUCGGCCACGAUCGUGUACCAGUUGGCGCGGCUCAACAGUGGUCCGAUCUUGGUGUGCGCUCCGAGCAACACGGCGGUCGAUCAGCUGACGGAGAAGAUUCAUCGCACCAACCUGAAGGUGGUGCGUGUUUGUGCCCGUUCCCGCGAGGCCAUCGACUCGCCGGUCAGCUACCUGGCGCUGCACAAUCAGAUCCGCAAUAUGGCCCAGAACUCGGAGCUGAAGAAGCUGCAGCAACUGAAGGACGAAACGGGCGAACUGAGUCUGUCGGAUGAGCGCCGUUAUCGAUCGCUGAAGAAGCAAGCCGAACGGGAACUGCUGGAAGCGGCCGACGUGAUCUGCUGUACGUGCGUCGGGGCCGGUGACUUGCGGCUGCAGCGGCUCAAGUUUAACUCCAUUCUGAUCGAUGAAUCGAUGCAAUCGACGGAACCGGAGUGUAUGGUUCCGGUGGUGCUGGGUGCCAAGCAGCUCAUCCUGGUCGGUGACCACUGCCAGCUGGGGCCGGUGGUGAUGUGCAAGAAGGCGGCCAAGGCUGGGCUGUCGCAGAGUCUGUUCGAGCGCUUGGUGGCGCUCGGCAUCCGGCCGUUCCGGCUGGAGGUACAGUACCGGAUGCACCCGGAGCUGUCGCAGUUCCCGUCGAACUUUUUCUACGAGGGCAGCCUCCAGAAUGGGGUGUGCGCGGACGAGCGCAAACUGAAGGUGGACUUUCCGUGGCCAUCGUCGGAUUGUCCCAUGUUUUUCUUGGUCACCCAGGGCCAAGAGGAGAUUGCCGGUUCGGGCACUUCGUAUCUGAACCGUACGGAGGCGUCGAAUGUGGAAAAAAUCACGACCCGCUUUCUGAAGGCGGGCAUUAAGCCGGAACAGAUCGGCAUCAUUACGCCGUACGAGGGGCAGCGGGCCUAUCUGGUGCAGUACAUGCAGUACCAGGGUUCGCUGCACUCGAAGCUGUACCAGGAGAUCGAGAUCGCGAGCGUCGAUGCGUUCCAGGGCCGCGAGAAGGACCUCAUCAUUAUGUCGUGCGUGCGGGCCAACGAGCACCAGGGCAUCGGGUUUCUGAACGAUCCGCGGCGCCUGAACGUGGCGCUGACGCGCGCCAAGUACGGCAUCAUCAUCGUCGGCAACCCGAAGGUGCUGUCGAAGCAGGAACUGUGGAACCAUCUGUUGAACUUUUACAAGGACAAAAAGGUGCUGGUCGAGGGCUCGCUGAACAACCUGAAGGAAUCGUUGAUUCAGUUUACGAAGCCCAAAAAGAUCGUCAACACGCUCAAUCCGGGUUCGCACUUCAUGAACAACGUCAUGUACGACGCCAAGGAGGUACUGGGUGGUGGAUACUUUGACCGCAACCCGCCUGCCGGCGGCUUUGGCGGCGCUAAUCCGCUCACCGCCACCGGCUACGGGCAUUCGUAUCUUACUCAGACCGGUGGCGCUGGUGGCAUGGACUUGGGAAUGGCGGGACCGAGUGGCACGAGCAACUCGGCAAUGCCCCUGGACACGUUCAUGCGCAAGAUGCACGAUCCGAUCGGGUACAUCUCGCCGCAUCGCGCACACCAAGCGGUCAGCAACAUGCCGGUGCCGGUCGGAAUGUUUAUCAACAUGUCCAACAUUCCGCCACGGUACUACCAGCAGCAGCAGGCCAUUCAGGCGGCCAAACAGAUCCGCCGUCCGUCCGGUGUCAGUCCCGGGGCCGUGGGGUCCGCCAGUGGUUCCACCGCGGCCCCCGGUCCUUCGUCGACCGGUAAACCCGCAAACCGUCCCCGUCCGAUUGGGCCCCCGUCGGGUGGCCAGCAGUCGAAGGGCGGCGGCAGCGGCGGCGGCUCAUCACUGACGCAGGGCAUGUCGCAGCAGGGUAUGUCGCAGCCGGGCUUCACGCUGUCCCAGCAGGCCGAGUUCUCGCAGGACUACAUGGGCGAGUACCAGUCGCAGAUGGACAACAUCCUGUCACAGGAGUCCCACUACAACAGCCAGUCCGGGCCGGGCGAUCGGCUGGUGUUCGAGCUCGGGCCGUCCAGCUCGCAGUUCUCGCAGCCCUACUGAUAACCGGAGCCGACGCGGUGAGGCAAGGCAAGCUGUAAACGCGAUGCGGAUCGAUGCGAUGCUAUCAUCAAGACACAAUCAAACACAGCAUACACUUACUGACAGGUUGGGGGACAUCCAGAGGGAGACGGCAAACGAGAGAGAGAGCGAUCGACCGAGCGUUUGUCUGUCUCUCUCUGUGUUUGAGAGGGCCCAGGGCCCCCUAACCCGCCGACUGUUGUUGUGGCGGUAAGGAAGCGGACGACGGUCCCUGUCCCCCCUGAACGCACCGCGAUCUCUCUCGUACGCUUGCGGGAGCCCUGACAAUGGCAAAGGCCGCAAACUCGGGGCCAUCGUCGGACUUUUGUUGCCGUGCUGCUGCUAGAGGGCCCCCGGACCUCAACCGGAGUCAAGCGCCAGUGUGGGAAGGUUCUUCCGCACCUUCCUUCGCCCGCAAAUUGACGAGGCCAGCCUGCGCGCGGCCAGUUACGGGGAGCACACCUGCCUGCAGUAGCAGUAGUAGUCGGGUGUCUGUCGUCGGUGAGAAGAACAACAUUUCACAUUUCAUCGGUUUUUCGGUACUUCUUUCGGUUCGGUAAGGCACGGAGGACGAGUUUCGUUGACUUUUCGAGUUUCGUUUCAUUGCGAUCAACGCGCUUAAGUGCAGAAGAGGAGGAGACACAUGUAACAUUAGUCAGUUAGUGAAGAGGCCAGCGUGCCCGCAACAGAGCGCAACCCGUUUUUGUGUCCGAGGGACAACGCAGCAGAGCAGACCAAGCCAGCGCCAUGUGGCCGGCACAUUCAUUGUCUUGAUUUACUUUCAAUAAAGAAAACGCAUCUCUAUUUUCA